AUGGCCACCACAACUGCCCGCGCUCAGGCUCCAGCCAUGAAGAGGAACGUCACAACAGACUCCUCGCCCUCCACCCACGCCAACAACUCGCCGUUCGACUCGCCUGCGGGAUCGGCUUCCAACACCUCGCUGUCGUCCCUUGACGAGAGUCCCGCUCAGUCCAAGAGCAACCGCGGUGUGCUUCUCGACACAUACGGCAACGAGUUUGAGAUUCCAGACUACACCAUCAAGCAGAUCCGUGAUGCCAUCCCCAAGCACUGCUUCGAGCGCUCAGGUCUUCGUGGUCUCGGCUACGUUGCCCGUGACAUCGCUUCGCUUGCGGCCGUCUUCUACGUCUUCCACAACUAUGUCACACCCGAGACAAUUCCCUCGACUCCUGUCCGCGCUGGUCUGUGGGCCGUCUACACUGUCAUCCAGGGUCUUUUCGGUACCGGCCUGUGGGUUCUCGCCCAUGAGUGCGGCCACCAGUCCUUCUCUCCCUCCAAGGUGUUGAACGACACCGUUGGCUGGUUCUGUCACUCCGCCCUCCUCGUCCCAUACUUCUCUUGGAAGAUCUCGCACGGCAAGCACCACAAGGCCACUGGUCACAUGGAGCGCGACAUGGUCUUCGUCCCCAAGACGCGAGAGGUCUACGCUUCGCGUAUCGGAAAGAUGAUCCACGAGCUCGAUGAGCUGACCGAGGAGACUCCCAUCGCCACUCUCCUCCACAGCAUCGGUCAGCAGCUCGCUGGAUGGCCUUUGUACAUCAUCCUCAACGUUACCGGACACAACUACCACGAGCGCCAGGCCGAGGGCAAGGGCAAGGGCAAGCACAAUGGCCCAGGCGGUGGUGUCAACCACUUCUUCCCAUCCAGCCCUCUGUAUGAACGCAAGGAUGAGCACCUCAUCCUGCUCAGUGAUCUUGGUAUCGCCAUCACCCUCGGUGCUCUUACCUGGGUUGGCAAGAACUUCGGAUUCGCCAACCUCUUCGUCUGGUACAUCCUCCCCUACCUCUGGGUCAACCACUGGCUUGUUGCCAUCACCUUCCUCCAGCACACCGACCCCACCCUGCCCCACUACGAUGCCAACACCUGGACUUACACUCGUGGCGCCGCUGCCACCAUCGACCGCGAGUUUGGCUUCAUCGGACGGGAAAUUCUCCACGGCAUUGUCGAGACCCACGUUCUCCACCACUACAUCUCCACAAUCCCCUUCUACCACGCCGACGAGGCUUCAGAGGCUAUCAAGCCUGUCAUGGGCAGGCAUUACCGCUCGGAUGUUGAGGGCGGUCCUAUUGGCUUCUUGAAGGCCAUGUGGAAGAGCGCUCGCUGGUGCCAGUGGGUCGAGCCCAGCGCGGACGCCGAGGGCGAGGGCAAGGGUGUACUCUUCUUCCGCAACCACAACGGUCUCGGUGUACCUCCUCAGAAGCUUUCUGCCCCGGUGGCCAAGUCGACUGCUGGCCAGCGUGCGAAAAUGGAGGUUGGCCCUGAGUCCGACAACGAGUAG